AUGGAGAGAGCUUUAUUAUUGGAGGAAUUGCCAGAAAUCCGAUCAUUCAGGGUCUGGCGCCUUAGGUACGAGGAUCGAUUUGCUAAAGAUACUGAUUUGUGGGUACAUUUUGCAAUUAAAGUUGCCAGUGUUGAAAGUUUUGAACUUGGAAUUAUCGAUACGAAUCGCCAAAGAUAUGAGCUUCCUCAAUUUGCAUAUAAAAAUACUUCAGUGAGGAAUUUGGCUUUAUGGUACUGCCAACUCAACCCUUCUGGUAGUGUUAACUGGAGUAGUCUCGUUUCUCUUUCAUUUGGGUGCCUGGAAUUGACAGAGGGUGUCAUAGAAAAAGUAUUAUCUGGUUGUCCUAACUUGGAGCGCUUGAACCUAGAAGGUGUUGGGGGAAUUCAUCAUUUGGAAAUCAGCUCUGUGAAGCUGAGAGAAUUGAUCAUAGAAGAUUAUGCAAACGAGAAUAAUGACCUUGAGCUCGAAAUAUUAGCCCCCUAUAUUCAAACUUUGAAACUUUUUGGAUACUGCAGUGAGAUACGCAUCCGGCAGAGAAAUGUGGCUUCACUUGUCACUGCAGUCCUUCGGGUUAAUUUUGCUUUUGAUGAUGUAGAAGGCAACUUAGAUAAGGAGUGUAGAUAUUUGAAGGAGCUUCUUCAGAGCGUUGCCCAUGUCGAAAAUCUUGAAUUGGGUCCUUGGUGCAUCGAGUUCCUGUCCAUUCUGGAGUUGAAAGGGUGGCAUCCUCCACCAUCAAGCCGGAAAUUCUUAAAACUUAAUGCAGCCUUAGAACAGUUGGACUUCCCUGGAGUUUGCAGCUUUCUACAGAGUUCAUCGGAUCUUGAGACAUUGGUCAUUGACUGGUGGUACGAUUAUGAAGAAAGAAACCUGCUGUCAAGGUACACAAAUGAGGAUGAACAGAGCAGGAAGUUUGAAACAUGUAAUUUUAACUGCUCAUUUCCACAUCUGAAGACCAUCGAGAUCAUUAACUUUCAUGGACCACUUAGUGAAAAUAAGUCUCUUCUUCCAUUGGUGAAAUAUUUUCUCAAGCAUGCAACUGUGCUCGAAAAGUUCGUUAUUGACGCCAUAUUCGGAGGGAGUGAUGUGUCUCCGGAUUAUGUUAAAAUGACACAGCAGUUCCUAAGCUUUCCAAGAUCCUCUCCGCAUGCUUCAGUUGUCUUUUCUUAUCAAUAAUCUUUGGCCCCUCUCGUUUGCAUUGAUUGCAACAUACUAAACAGCUGUAACUUUAUGUUUGAAACUGGUUUAUAGCUGAUAGACGAGGUCAGGAUUGUACCUGUCAGCAUCCAAGGAGUUGUUAAUUGUUGUUCAUGUCUAAGUAACAGUGUGUUUAUUCUGUGAUCA